UCUCAUAACGAUGAACACUUCAACGGCAAUCAAGUUUGUGGCUGUGCUGUCACUCUGCUGCUUAGCUCUCUCUGUGAAUGCUUUGCAAAUCGAGCCUCGCAGCAGUUGGGGAGCAGUGGCUGCCCGUUCGCCUUCUAGGAUCUCGGGACCUGUGGACUAUGUGAUCAUUCAUCACUCGGACAAUCCCAAUGGAUGCUCCACAUCGGAUCAAUGCAAACGCAUGAUCAAGAACAUUCAAUCGGAUCACAAGGGACGCAGAAAUUUCAGUGAUAUUGGCUAUAAUUUCAUAAUCGCCGGCGAUGGCAAGGUGUACGAGGGUCGUGGCUUUGGCCUUCAGGGAUCACAUGCUCCCAACUAUAAUCGCAAAAGUAUUGGCAUUGUUUUCAUAGGAAACUUUGAGCGUAGUGCUCCCUCAGCUCAAAUGCUCCAGAAUGCCAAGGAUCUGAUUGAGUUGGCCAAGCAGCGUGGACACCUUAAGGAUAAUUAUACUCUGUUUGGACAUCGCCAGACUAAGGCCACCUCGUGUCCUGGUGAUGCUCUGUACAAUGAGAUUAAGACGUGGCCUCAUUGGCGUCAGAACUAGGCUAGACUUUACCUAAUUUUUAUAGAAAAUAUAUAUAAAUGAAAAGAA